AGAAUUUUUAACUUUUACCUAAUUUUUAACUAUUUCGUGCGGGAUAAAAGUAAAUUCAAGUCGUUUGCAUCUGCUGCCAUCGUCCACGUUCGAAAAUGGUACCAGAAAAUGAAGCAACCCCUUCGAAUUCAGCUGUGGUGGAAGGUGAACCCGUGACAAAUCGCAGCGAUAGCCGGGAACAGAGCGAACCACCCGCACCCGGGUUCAAUAAAGCCGAAUUCGAUCGGCUUACCGAGUACCAGUGGCAAGACGUAACGACGGAUUUUUUCGACUGCGUUAAAGAUCUGGAGCUGGGAGAGCUGGUGCAUGAUUCGAUGUUCGGAUUGCUCGAGGCUAUGUCCGCUAUUGAAAUGAUGGACCCGAAGAUGGACGCCGGAAUGUGUUGCAAUCGUGAAGCGACGCCACUCACCUUCGACACCGCUGUUGAGACAGGUGUGAUGAAACUGGCAAACAUUGAACCAAAGGAAGCAAUCGGUCUCAUCGACGCGGUCUACUCUUGCACCGUAUCAUGGCUCGAGGGACACUCGAUGGUACAGACUGUCCUGACCUGCCUUUACCUGCACAAACCGCAUCGAAUCGAGUGCAAAGCGAUCAAAGCGUUUGCUAUUGCAAUAGAGAAGAUUAUCAAUCUCAUACGGAACAUUACGCUUAGGGCUCACGUGUUCGAGGAGGAAGACUUUCAGCUCAGCUCCUUCGAUUACAACAUGAGCGCCGACGUAUCAGAAGCAAAGGCUCUCAGCAUGUUGAAAGCGGCCGAAGAAGAUCUCAUCAAGAAGGCCAAAGAUGCAGAGGAAGAGCGCGAAAAGGAAGAAUUGCAUGCUCUGUUGGCCCGCAUACGAUUUACCAGACUGUUCCUGCAAAGCAUGGUGUCUCUCUAUCCGGUCAAGAAUUCCUCAAUGUGGCAAGGACAUGGUGGAGCUUGGCAUGAAAUUACACUGCAAAGUGUAGCUCCAACCAAGAACGAAAUGAUAGAUAUCGUCAAGACGCUCAAUGGUGCGCUCGAGCUGGCGCAAACGAUUGAGAAAACGAUCGAGCUGGGAACGCAACCAGAGGAAGGAUCUGAUGCGCCCAAUCCAAUGGGAUUUUCGAUGAUGGUCAACCAACGCUUGCUUCCACCGACUUUUCCGCGUAGCACCAAGAUAAAGGAUCGCCAUCUGAGCAUUCAGUACCUCAGUGAGCUGAUACAGCGCAUCAAGCACGGUUGCAAGAUCGUAAAUUGCACCAACUUCCAUGCCGCGCUGAACUUCCUGAUGGAUUUCAGUAAAAAGUAUAGUCCCUGUCUACUAUCGAGAAGCAUACCUCAAACGCUCUACUUGCCAGUUCACUUAAAGGUGUUUGGAGUGAAACCACUGUCGGAGGUGCUGAAGGAAUCGGCCAGGGCAUUCAUCGCUCCGCCCGUUCUACUCCCGGACAGUCAAUUGUACAACAAUCCUUACGCGGUGAAAUGCGUUAAUUACUUUUUCGAAAACUAUGAGCCCACUUUCAGCUCGCUCUUUGCGCUUUGCGGAUACAAUAGGGCCCGGCAGCGCGAUCGUCUAGGCGAGAUCAUGUCCAACUUUGCACGAAUGCAAGAGGAAGCGGAAGGCGUCGAUGCCUACCUUCACUCACUUUCGCUGAAGAUCGAAAGCUCACGGCAGCAUCUGGCCUGCUUCGGAACCUGGGUGUUCUAUCACUGUUUGCGCGCAAUGUCUUGCUAUCUGCUGGCCGGACUCGAGCUCGAACUGUACAGCGUGCACGAGUAUCUGUACAUUUUCUGGUAUCUGUAUCAGUAUCUGUUCAGCUGGAUCGUUUCGGCGCUCACGCGUGCUGAGACGUUUCUGGCCGAGCAGGAGUACAUUGCCGACUUGAAGGCGGCCAAAUCGAACCAAAAGAAACCGAAAACGAAAAAGCGCAAGUCGCGCGGCGAUGCGAAGGAGAUCGUCUUCAACCAGGCGAUGCAAACGCUCUGCGGCGGCUACUACAAGGCGCUGGCUGGGUUCUACAAGGAAAACCGCAUCCCGGAACCGCUGCCCAUGUUCGACAACGAGCAGGUUCGCUUCGAGCAUCGGUUCGCUCCGUUUGCCUCGCUCACCACGCCUCCACCGAUGCCGUACAGUGAGUUUAGGCAGCUUAAAAUGUUUAUGCUGCAAUCUCCGGCCCAGGAGCUGUACGCGGCGGCUGCGAAACAUUUUCACGAGGCCCGUACCUUGUUAGAAACGUUCCCCAAUCCGGACGAAGAGUGGAUGGAUGUGGUAAAGGUAGCGAAAAUGAAUUUUGUUAUGAUGAACCUGUUGGCUAGUGGACACAGCCGAGAAUCAAAGCAGCCUCCCGAGUUUGACUUUUCCUGCCAUCGUUACUUCCCGAUUAUCAAGCAACGCAAGUAGACAGAACGUUGUAGCGACGGGUGCCUUGCGGCAUACGUGAUUCUUUAAUUUAUUGAAACUAGAGACAAUGUAAAUUAUAUGGGAGUGUGGUGUCCUUGAAUAAAAUAAAACACUU